UACUCCUACACAUGUAAACAAAAACACCUAUGCGUUAGGUUUUGCAAGAAAAUCGCGCCAUGUCCGCGGUGGUUUGCUCCUAUCAUCAGUUCUCUUUAGUGUUUGCCAAUGUUGGAGGUGUAACUGGGGUCUGGCCCUGGACGAAGUGAUAGAGCAUGGCUCAAGUGAAAGUGCAGACAUCAGCCCCCUUGUCUGGGCCUGGCCUGUCCCCUGUGGCUCCCUCUGUGGCCAUGCCCAGCCCAGGAGCUCUGGGUCUGCAGCAGCCCACCAUCAAUGGCACAGUGCCAGCCACAUCGCCCACCUGCCCCAGCCCUGUCUCUGGCUUUGUGGACUCCACUGUACCAGCCAGCCCACCAGGCCCUCCUCAAGAAAACAUGGCAAACCCUAAAGAGAAAACUCCCAUGUGUCUGGUGAAUGAGUUAGCCCGUUUCAACAGGAUUCAACCUCAGUACAAACUGCUGAAUGAGAAAGGGCCUGCACAUGCUAAGCUCUUUUCAGUACAGCUGUGUUUGGGGAACCAGGUUUGGGAGGCAGAGGGCAGCAGCAUUAAAAAGGCCCAGCACUCCACAGCAACCAAGGCCCUAAAUGAGAGCACCCUUCCCCGGCCUCCACCCCGCUCACCUAAAGCAGAUAUCAGUAGCAACCCAGGCAGUAUCACUCCUACCGUGGAGUUGAAUGGCUUAGCCAUGAAGCGAGGAGAGCCGGCCAUCUAUAGACCCCUGGACCCCAAACCAAUUCCCAACUACAGAGCCAAUUAUAACUUCAGAGGAAUGUUCAACCAAAGGUACCAUUACCCAGUGCCUAAGGUAUUUUAUGUGCAGCUGACGGUGGGGAACAACGAGUUUAUGGGAGAGGGACGGACUCGCCAAGCUGCCCGGCACAAUGCGGCAAUGAAAGCCCUUCAGGCCUUGAAGAACGAACCCAUUCCAGAGAGACCACCUCAGUGUUCAGAGGAGAAGAAGGACAGUGAGGAGAACAGUGAUGCCAGCAAAUCGGAGAUUAGCCUGGUGUACGAGAUUGCUCUUAAAAGGAACCUGUCUGUUAACUUUGAGGUGCUGAAGGAAAGCGGACCUCCACACAUGAAGAGUUUUCUCACACGCGUGACGGUCGGGGAGUUCUCCGCCGAAGGAGAGGGCAACAGCAAGAAACUCUCUAAAAAAAGAGCAGCACUGUCUGUCCUACAGGAAUUGAAGACACUACCAGUCCUUCCUGUGGUGGAGAAACCCAAAGUGCAUUAUAAGAAGCGGCCUAAGACUAUAUUAAAGACCGGUCCAGAGUACGGACAGGGCAUGAACCCUAUUAGCAGACUGGCUCAGAUUCAGCAGGCUAAAAAGGAGAAGGAACCAGAAUACAUGCUGCUGUCAGAGAGAGGGAUGCCUCGCCGACGAGAAUUCAUCAUGCAGGUGAAAGUUGGUAGUGAAGUGACUACAGGAACUGGACCUAAUAAAAAAGUGGCCAAGCGUAAUGCAGCAGAGGCCAUGCUGCUUCAACUGGGAUACAAGGCAUCUACGCCAUUACAAAACACUUCAGAGAAGAUGGAAAACAAAGGCUGGAACGGACAAAGGGCUGCUUUUCCUGAAACGACAAGUAACACACAGAAAGGAAUUCUUCAUCUUUCCCCUGACGUGUAUCAGGAGAUGGAAGCAAGCAGGAAUAAGGGCGUCCCCGGUGCCCCCGGAAACUUCCCGACACCUAAAGACAUCAACCAAGGGUCUGGAGGGCCGUACUACACCCCUUCAGUGGGCAGCACUGCAGCCAUCGCCAAAGAGCUGCUCCUGAACGGGACAUCGCCCACCGCAGAGGCCCUGAUCUUGAAAGGCAAAGCACCUGCUCUAUCCUGUGGCUCUAUUCAGCCUUCCCAGCAGCUGGAAUACUUAGCCCACAUUCAAGGAUUCCAGGUGCAGUAUACAGAUAGGCAAACCGACAACGAGUGCAUGACCUAUCUCACCCUCUCACCUGUGCAGAUGACUUUCCACGGCAUCGGGAGCUCAAUUUCAGCCAGCCAUGACCAGGCAGCCCUUAGUGCCUUGAAACAGCUGUCAGAACAAGGACUGGACCCGGUGGACGGACCAAUCAAGGUAGAAAAUGGAUCAUGUGACAUGUAUGUGCAGACAGAGCUACAAACACAACGUAUGACCGAGAGGACGGACAGUAAACCGACUAACUCAGGCACCACUGCUCAGGACUGCAAGGAUUCAAAGGCCGUCGUCUAGGAGCUGACCCCGCCCACAAGCCCCUCCCCUCGACCGCCGCUGCAUCCUUCUACACGUGUCAACAUGCAAUAUGGUGGAUGUGUCCCAUGACAAGUAAACGACGAAAAAAUGCAUUCUUUGAGUCUAUGUGAAGACAACACUAUCUUAACACAACAUUUAUUUACUAUAGAGUUAUUAAAGAGCAAGCAAACGUAAAAAAAUGAGAUAAAAAUGUAAUGCAUGGUAAUGUUAAAAAAAAAUGAAGGGAAAUUUCAGUGAUUAUGUCGAAUUUCCCCAUUCAGUAGAUGUUUGAAUAUUAUGUUCAUCUUUUGUCUCGAAGUGAUAUGAAUUUAAACAGGCUUAUAUCAUGCCAUUAAUGCAAACAAAACAUUAUUGGGGGAAAUGAAGUUGUGUAUGUUAUUUUUUGGGGGAGUUAUAUAGUUUUCUUUUUCUUAAUCUAUGAAUAACAAUGCUUGAGUAUUUAAGGAUUAACCAAUGCCAGUGCUGUGAAGUCGUAGUUGUUGUCUUCAUAUAUAGUCACCCAGCUUACCAGUAUAUGCUGACAUAAAGCAUUCAUCUAACUAUAUGGAUGUAUAUGACUUGUAGAUUAUCAUACGCAGAGGUAAAGAUAAACAUAUAGUGCGAGUGUAAACCUAUAUAUGGAUAAAACUGACGCCAGAGGUAAACAGCACAGCGAAUCUGAGCCAUCCAAAUUGAUUUUAUAUCACUCCUUAUGAAAAUACAGAUUCGAAACAGAUUUAAUACAGAUUCGACCCUGCACGCUUGUGCCUCUCUCGCAGAUUCCCGUUUGCUUAUUGUUUUCUUCUCUCCUCAGUUUUGUCCAGCACAUCUACACCCAUGUUGUGUGUUGUAUUGACUUGAUGCAUCAACUGAGUGCUUUUAAACACUGCAUUCUGGACAGUAUCUCUUUUCUGAACGAUCGAGUCGUAGAAAUAAACUAUUUGAACCUGUCACAGGUAA